AACUGAACUGAAGAAACGAUUCUCCCUUUUCUUCUUCAGUGUACCCCUGCCACCUUUCAAUUCGUUGUAUCCAUCUUCUUUUGUUGUUUGUUAUUGCAGAGAACAAAAGAGGAGAAAUCUAUGGUGCGAUCUACCUGGGUCUGUCUUUUAAGUUAGAAAAUUUCAAAAUAUAAGUGCUUUUUUAAGAAGAGAGGGAGGGAAGGGGAAUAAAUCAUGGCGGCUGAUAAGUCAACAGUAACAUGCACAGUGCUAGCCAUGGAUUCCACCAACUUCUGUUACAAAGCCUGCAAGCUUUGCGAAAGGGCUCUCCCCGAUCAUCCCCCAAAUUCAUCCUGCACUGCCUGCAAGUCUAAGUUCCCCGCCUCUUUCCCCUCCCACCAACACUUGUUCCGCCUUCUCCUGUCAAUAGCAACCGAUACAAAGGUAAUGAUGGUGAUAUGCUUUGAUAGGGCUGCUAAAGUUUUGUUUGGCUGCUCUGCUCAUGAGUUCUUAGACUUCGCAAAGAUUCAUCCUUUUGCUGCUGAAAAUGCAAGUAAAGUUCUGGAGGGAGAGAUGCUCCAAAUGACUUUGUCAAAACCAAAGAAUCUGAAUGCUCAGCAUCUAAGAGCAGUGACCAUAGUUCCUUUAAGGUCAGGUUUCCAGCCUGUAAUUCAGACCCU